AAUCGUGCUCUUACAACUCAUAUUUCGGCAAAAUUCUCGAUUGGAAAGCUUUCUGAAUUCUGAUCCCUUUCCUCCCACUAAAUUGAGGAGAGCCCUCGGGUUUCGCUGAAUUUUCGAGAAAUGGAUGGAGUUCAUGAGCAUCAAAGUCAAUCACUUGGUGAAGAUAAUGAAAAUGAAAUAGUUGCCGAAACUGCUGCAUUUGUGCAUGGGGAACCUCCUCAAGAUGCUAAUGGGCCCCCAAAAGCUGACUCAGAGGUGGAAAUCCUUCACGAGAAAGUCACAAAGCAAAUUAUUAAGGAAGGUCAUGGUCAAAAACCAUCCAAAUAUUCUACAUGCUUCUUGCACUACAGGGCAUGGACGGAAAGCACCCAGCACAAGUUUGAAGAUACGCGGGAGGAACAAAGACCACUUGAGUUGGUAUUAGGAAAAGAGAAGAAAGAAAUGACUGGCUUGGCUAUUGGUUUGUCCAGCAUGAAAUCUGGCGAACGUGCCCUGUUACAUGUCGGCUCGGAAUUAGGUUAUGGGAAAGAAGGAAGUUUCUCUUUCCCAAAUGUUCCACCUAUGGCAGACAUAAUAUAUGAAGUUGAGCUCAUAGGGUUUGAUGAGACCAAAGAAGGAAAAGCUCGUGCUGACAUGACUGUGGAGGAAAGGAUUGGUGCAGCAGAUCGAAGAAAGAUGGAUGGAAAUGCUUUAUUUAAGGAGGAAAAACUGGAGGAGGCUAUGCAACAGUAUGAAAUGGCUAUUGCAUAUAUGGGCGACGACUUCAUGUUCCAAUUGUUUGGGAAGUACCGGGACAUGGCUUUAGCUGUUAAAAAUCCAUGUCACCUUAACAUGGCAGCAUGUCUAAUAAAGCUUCAGCGCUUUGAUGAGGCAAUCAUGCAAUGCAGCAUUGUGUUGGCAGAGGAAGAAAACAACGUCAAAGCACUGUUUAGGCGAGGAAAGGCUAGAGCAGAACUUGGGCAAACAGAUGCUGCCCGGGAGGACUUCCUAAAGGCACGGAAAUUUGCACCGGAGGACAAAGCAAUUACAAGGGAGUUACGUUUGCUUGCUGAACAUGACAAGGCUCUUUAUCAGAAGCAAAAGGAGAUUUACAAAGGACUGUUUGGACCAAGACCUGAACCAAAACCUAAGGGAACUAAUUGGGUGGUUCGCUUUUGGCAAUGGCUGUUGUUGCUAAUCUUUCGCCUUUUCAGGCGUGGAGGGCAUAAAGCAGAGUAAUCAAAGCAGAUGUGCCAAGAGGUGUUGUCCUUAGCAAGUAUGAUUUCUGGUACUGUAUGUUUUGUGGCCAAAGGUUUCAGAGACGGCACCCAAAAAUUUCUUCGAGUAUAAGCUAAUCAGUCUAAAUCUGCUUAGAAAGGAACUUUUGACGAUUUUGUAAGACCCUUAAACAAUGAAUUGAUGUUAUUUUCACAAGCGUAUUAACAUUGUGGGCAAGUUCAACGUUA